UCAGUGAGGUGGCUGAAUCCCUAACUCAUGCAUUUGAUCUUCUUACAUGCUGAGAGACAAGCACUGCAGCUUUUUCAACCUGGAAGCAUUUUGUCACCCCCAGAGGACGACAUCCGGAUUAAAUGGUGAUUCUGUGGAAUAUUGCUGUGGUUAUCAUCCACUGACUUCACCCACAUAAUUUGAUUUGUUUGUUUGGUUGAAGGUGUUCUGAGGAGCCGUCACGAUGGAGAGUAUAAAACCCAAGUUGAAAGUGCUGAAGAAACGGCGCUCCAGUCUUUUUGCCACGGUAAAACGGGACAAGAGCUUUUCACAAAGCAUAGAGGAACAAGAGAGUGAAUUCCCGUUUUCCCAGGACAGUUCUGUGAAGUUAUGGACAUCCAUGGACAACCUGGAGACUCCGGAUGAGCAGAAAGCGCCGAGCAAAGACGCAACAAAAUUGAGGAAACCAAACAUCGUCAACCUCAACGUGGGCGGGAAGGUGUUUCACAUCCCCAAACAUCUGGUCCUCCAAUACCCCAAAACCAGGAUCGGAAUCCUGGCACUGUGUGAAGAUCCAGCCAAGCGCCUGACUCUCUGUGACGACUACAACGUUCUGAACAAUGAGUUCUUUUUUGAUAGAGACCCAAUGUUUUUCCACUACAUCUUCCACUAUUAUUGCAGCAAUGUCUUGUGGGUGAUGGACAGUCUCUGCCCUGUCAACUUUGAGGAAGAGAUGUCCUUUUGGGGGCUGAAACUGAAGGACACUCCGAGGUGCUGCCGUAUUCUGUUCGAAGAGAAGGUGGAUGACAUAAGAGACCAACUGAAGGUCAACCAGGAGCUGAUCGACGAGAUUAAGCCUCAUCAGGACGACGAGGGCUACAAGACCAUGUUCCUCGGCAACAUUCGGAAGAUUCUCUGGGACCUGAUGGAGAACCCUUACUCUUCCAUGUCAGCCAAAGCCUUUGCUGUGUUUUCCAGUCUCUUUGUGCUCAUCUCCAUCGUUUCCAUGACGAUGAACACGGUGAACGAACUCAGGCAGUACAAAUUGGCUGGCAAAACCUACAUGGAGUGGGUGGAGAUCGCCUCCAUCCUUUUCUUCACCUCGGAGUACUUCUUGCGCUUGCUCACCACGUCCGACAUCAAGCAUUUUGUCAAGAGUGCCCUCAACUUUGUGGACGUGGUGGCCGUCAUGCCGUACUUUAUCCAGAUCAUGUUUGAGACCUUUGUGAUCGAUUCGGAGGACCUCAGCGCACAGGAAGAUUUGAAGGCCAUGGCGAGGGUCAGCAAAGUCAGCAAGGUGCUCAAAGUUGUCAAGCUGAUGCGCAUCUUCCGUAUCCUCAAGCUCGCCCGUCACUCUACCGGCAUGAGGGCGUUUGGCUUCACUAUUCGCCAGUGCUCUGAGCAGGUGUGUUGUCUGUUUCUCUUCAUCGCCAUGGGGAUCUUCACCUUCUCAGCUCUGAUGCAUUCAGUGGAGGCGGACCAGCCUGGAACGCCCUUCAGCAGCAUCCCAGAUGCCUGGUGGUGGGCGGCGGUGAGCAUUUCCACUGUUGGCUACGGAGACGUGGUCCCAAUCUCGUACCUGGGGCGUUGCGUGGCCUUUGGCUGCAUCUCGUUCGGCAUCAUUCUCAAUGGCAUGCCCAUCUCUAUUCUUUUCAACAAGUUUUCCGACUACUACGCCAAACUGAAGGAACAAGAAUACACGUUUUCAAACACCGAGCGCACCUUCCAGCUCAGUAGACGUCUGCAGAACAAGUGUAACAGCUGCUUCCAAGCCCACGUGGAGGACUCCGACGAUGAGGUCCACUAUCGGCCCAGCGGAAGGCAGACUACUUUCGAGGGGGAAGAGUGAAAAGCAGCCUGAGCGCAAUCUCACUAACACUAAAUGGCCUUAAGACACAGGGGUCUCGAAAGUCUAAGACCCCCAUCUGCUUCCGACUAAACUAGCAAGAUGCAUUAUGAACAAUACAAAGGAAGAAAUAAAGACAGCUAUCAGACAAUACUGGUGCUUUGUCAUCUUGCAACGAUACAAAGAUGCUCAGACGUGUAUGUAUGUAAAUAACAAUGACACUUUUGGCGGUUCCAUCUAUCCAUCCAUUUUCUGAGCCGCUUCUCCUCACUAGGGUCGCGGGCGUGCUGGAGCCUAUCCCAGCUAUCAUCGGGCAGGAGGCGGGGUACACCCUGAACUGGUUGCCAGCCAAUCGCAGGGCACAUAGAAACAAACAACCAUUCACACUCACAGUCACACCUACGGGCAAUUUAGAGUCUCCAAUUAAUGCAUGUUUUUGGGAUGUGGGAGGAAACCGGAGUGUCCGGAGAAAACCCACGCAGGCACGGGGAGAACAGGCAAACUCCACACAGGCGGGGCCGGGGAUUGAACCCGGGUCCUCAGAACUGUGAGGCUGACGCUCUAACCAGUUGUCAAUCGUGCCGCCCGACUAUUUCAUCUUUUUUUUUAAUAACAAGGAGCAACCAAUCUAGUGACCUGGAGGAUUAUUGGAAACUUCUGGAGAUUCUGGGAGUCCCUCCAUUGAAGGGGAUGUACGCCCCUCUGCGUCCAGACUGUAACUGAAUGGUGUGUAUGUGUGUGAAACCAACUGGCUAUGUGAAAUUUGCACAGACAUAGGCAGCUAAAAAUAAAAAAAAUUGUUGUUUAAUGUAACACUUUAUGGCUGGGCAGGAGCCUUAGAGAACCUAACUGCUUGUAUACAAGCAAUUAAAAAGUCUGUUUUCAUUAAAGUACCAUAGAUGGCAAAAGUAUAGUCUGUACUCAAGUUGAAGUACAGAUACUUGUACGUAAAAGACUGGUAAAAGUAAUAAUUCAAAUCCUAAUGUAAGUAAAAAGUACUGAAAAAAAGUAAAAAAAAAUAAAAAUAAUGUACGGAAGUAAAAAUGAAGUUUUACCGUCAAUUACAUUGUUGAUAAGGCCGCAAAUAAAUGAGCGUUUGUAAUUGCCAAAUGCUGCCAUAAAAUGGCAGCAAAGCAACUGUUGCCCAUCAGAAAAGGCUACAGCCUGACUAAAUGAAGCUCCUCACCUCAGUUCAACAUAGUUCCUUGGCCCCAACAUGUCACAGGAUGGGGCCAAAGCAAUGUAUUUAUAUUAGAAAUGGCUUUGGGCUGAGUACAUAAGCACCGAAUAAUGGAAGAUAUGGUCCCCCCAGAAUCUGCAAAAAGGCGAAUUCACGAAUGACAAACUGCGAAUACCCGCGGGUUUACUGUAUACACACAAUACCUGUUUUGUUAAAUCGGCACAAUGAAAAAAAAAUAAUUUCUGCACACAAAAUAGUUUCCAUCUUUUAUUAACUUGGACUCGUUUCAAACGAGUCGUUUGAGCGUUAUAGGGCUCGUACUGAAAAUAAAAUAAAAAGGUUAAAAUCCAUCAGAAAUACAGAUAUCUGAAAAACCUACUGAAGUAAAAUAUAAAAUAUUUAUAUUCUAAAAUAUAGAAUAUAACUUUUGAUUUGAGGGUCGGAUGUCUCCCACUGUCCAAAUAUCUACCUGAAAAUGUGUGACAACAUCGCAAUGCUCUUGAGGCACCCAUGUCAUUUUUGUGUGCAUGGUGUGCAUCAAACUGGAGAGUAGAGCAGCGGCAGCAGGGUGUGUGUGUGUGUGUGUGUCAGCAGCCGUCAAAUCCAACAGUGUAAUUUUUGUUGUCAAGGAUUACUGGGAUUUGCACUUGCGACUCCCUCCUGGCCAGACAAGGACAAAGCGUAAUCAUGAGCCCUGCUAUUUUGGAAGCACACGUAAUGUGUCUGAUCAAAUGUCCACUAUGCUUUCUUGUAUUGUUUUCUUGAUCGCUCAUAAACCCCUCUAGUUGUGAAAUUAGCAUUUUUCAGCGUUACAGUCUAUAUGGUAAAUUGCGCAGGUGAUGUAUAAGUACUUGGCGUAAUCCCAACUUGCUCCAGAUACAGUAGUUCCUGUUGAGGUGCCAAAAGUGAGUUGGGCCAACACUUGCGCUGUACUGCUGGCUGUGUUACCUCCUCUCAUAAGUUCAUUAAGGCACUUAGUUACACAAAGAACACAAUGUGUCAUUGGGCAAAGAGACAGUACCAUCUGCUUCUUAAAUUGGCGCCUCUCACAUGAACAACAUCAACACAUAGUUUCUCCUGUACAAAGUAAGACAGCUCACAAAUAGCAGUAGGAGGGUGCAUUUCAUCACUAAAAGAAAGAGCGAAUGUAUAUCAUAGGGCUAAUGAUCAGGCUCCCAAGUACCUGUACCGUGGUAUGUCCUUCAGAUACGACUUUAAAGGUCCCAUAUUUUGGCUAUUUAGACCUCCAUGGAGUGACUCUCUAACAUGGACUUAGUAUAAAAGUGUCAAUUUCAUUUAAAAAAAAACAUUUUGGUUUUGUCAUACGAGUAUCCAGAAAAGGCCCAUCUCAGAGCUAUUUCAGUAUGACCCAGUUUUGUAUCCACUUAGUCCAUAUUUGGCUAAGAUCGCCCCCUUUCCUCUGUUUGGUUGCCUCUGUGUCAAAGACCCAACCCUCACUACUUGUAAGAGCACACGUGUUUGUUAUGUUGACAGCGCUGACUCGGGAGUGGAGAGGUAGGCAGAGAUCUAAGCUAGUGACGUAGAUAAGCUCGAGAAAUUUAAAUGACCUGAUCACAGGCCAGAAAAACGUCUGGAACUCGAGAAUGGGUGGACGAUAUUCAUGCAUAUUUUACAUGUUCACUGAGGCACCAUAGAGCCAAUGUUUACAUCCGCAAAACUAGAAAAAGUUGGUUUGGUAAAAUGUGACACCUUUAAUUCCCUACCAUACCAUGCUUGUUGAAACUCAAAACACAACUGACAUGAAUAGAAAUGACAUUCCCCUAAAAACCCAACAAAAUUUUAUGAUAUGCAUUUCUUAAAUGAGAAAAAUACCAGUCUUAUACCUUUUUAUACUUUGAAAAACAGAUGUAAGGAAUUAAACAGUUUAUGCAUCAUGAUUAAUACAUUGCGGCUUCUUCUGGUGUCUGUGACUUGGCCACUGGGUAGCAGUAUAAUUCAGUCUCACACACACACACAAAGAUCAAUUUCACCACUGCUGUACAGUAAAUCAUUCAUCAGUAAUCUGCAUAAAUUUUAACAGUUUUUCCGCACAGGAUAAAAAAUGUCUGUGAUAUUUUUAUACGUCUACAUGUAUUGAUGCACCAAUUGUGUUAAAAUAUCCCUUGCUUUAAGCAUGGCAACACAGCCACAUUGUUGCUAUUCAUUAGCUCGUCUAUGGUAUUUCCCAUUAUGUGCUAGCAUUAAACUAGCUGACUUUAAGGCAAACUUAUGCGGUUGUUUGAAACACACAAAGUGUAAUUCUCUUUGUUUAAUGUUUAGUUUGACAGUAAGCUUCAACUGGGU